UCCAGCGAAGAAUUAGAGGUUUAUGGCAACUACUCACAUUCCCGCUCGCUCAGAUAUAAAAGUAGCCUCUCAGAAAUAGUUGAUUUUACUAAAGGACUGGAACUCGUACAACUAUCUCCAGGACAUCGUGCUCAGCAGUAGCCAAGAGAGAAUGGCCAUCGUUUCCAUCCUUCCGUUGGUUUUGGCGGCGUCCUCGGCAUUCCUUGCAAGUGGCGUCUCUGCCACUGCGGUAGAUGAGUCCGUCUGCAUUGUCGUCCAGUGCAUUAGAGCUCCGUGUCCUCCCAUACCUCGAGUUAUCGAAGAGAUUCCAGGGUGCCGCAACUUCUGCGACAUACCUGGGCAACCUGGAGAGUACUUCUGCUGCGACGAGGAUCGAGGUCCAGGAAGUCGACAAGGAACUUGCCCAAAAACAAACAUCCUACCAGACGAAACCUCUGUGCUAUGCUAUGAACCAAAGACAAUCUUAUGCCAAAGUGACCGUAACUGUGGGCCUGGCCAGAAAUGCUGUUACACAGCCAAUACGCAACAUCGCAUCUGUCGCAAAGUGGCCUAUGGUGUCAACUGAUUAACAUCUGUUGAAUAAUUAUAAACAGUUCGCAGAAUCCGAAAACAUUUGCAUCUCCCGCUGUUAGAUGAAUUCAAGUUCCUACUACUGAGUCCUGACGAUGUUUUAAGGUAGCUAUCGUGUUUAUGGUACUAGUGGAGGAAUCUCUGUGGUACUAGUGGAGGAAUCUCUGUGGUACUAGUGGAGGAAUCUCUGUGGUACUAGUGGAGGAAUCUCUGUGGUACUAGUGAAGGAAUCUCUGUGGUACUAGUGAAGGAAUCUCUAUGGUGCUUCUGGAGAACCUUUGUAAUACAAUAACUACAAGUUGUCUAACCUACGUAUGUAGCUGAUUGUUGUCACAUCUAAUAACAUGAAAUUGUUCUCAACCACAAUGAGAAGCACAAGUCAGUCAGCUUACUGAUAAUGCACACUGAGCUUAUUUAAAUCUAAGUAUGGUUCUCACAUUUUAUAACUCCGUUUCCAAGAAGUUUCAAGCAUUAUACAAUAGCACCAGGUUUUUGUUAUAGGACAUUGUAAUUUCUAAGCAAUGAAUAUUA